AUGAGUACCGAGAAUUCGAAAACUCUUAUACUAAUGUUAACAGAAUUGUUAACUACACUUGAAUUCAGGAAUAUAAUUCGAGAAUUCAACAGCUGCAGAGAUUGUUAUAAUAUGCGUAUCACUGGUGCCGUCUUGUUUUUGGCUACGGAUGACUCUCAUUUUGUCACCGGCUAUAAUUUGGUUUUCACCCUUUUGUUUGAUUUGGUUCUUGCUUGCAUUUGGGCUUUACUUGGUGAGGACUUAAGAUUGGAUAAGGAAUUUGCAGCAGUGAAUAUCUCUGAUCCCGAGUUCUGUUCAGACAUAAUAAAUGAUGCUCAAUCAUUUGGUAUUCGUGAAGCUCAAAAUCAAGCCUCAAAUGGUGUUUGCCUUGAAAAAAUUGGAAAUGGAUCUUACAUAGGCAUGGCUCCACACCUUGACGGCUCUAACCGUGUCUUUUUGUGGAAUCAACAAGGUAAAAUAUGGAUUGCCACUGUUCCCGAGGAUGGAUCUAAUGGAGUGUUGGAGCUUGAUGAAUCCAAGCCCUUUCUAGAUAUAACUGAUCAAGUGCUUUUUGGUAACCAAUAUGGGGUAUUGGGAAUGGAAUUCCAUCCUAAUUUUGUGAAUAAUGGUCGUUUCUUCGUUUCAUACAAUUGUGAUAAGUUGCAACAUUCAGGAUGUUCAGGCAGAUGCUCAUGCAACUCGGAAGUUAAUUGUGAUCCAGCAAAGCUUCCAGUAGAGAGUGGCAUCGAGCCAUGUCAGUAUCAUACUAUAGUAGCAGAGUUCACAGCGAAUGGUACUGCAUCAACACAUUCCUUGGCUGAAGUGGCUAGUCCAUUAGAAGUGAGGAGGAUUUUUACGAUGGGAAUUCCAGAUAGGGGAGUUCAUGGAGGGCAGAUUCUAUUUGGCCCUGCCGAUGGGUUUUUGUAUGUUAUGACUGGAAUUGGUACACAUCGAGGGGAUCCUUACAAUUUUGCACAAAACAAGAGAUCAUUGCAUGGAAAGAUCUUGAGGAUAGAUGUGGAUCAAAGAAAUGAAGCGCACAUUCAAGGACUUUGGGGAAACUACUCCAUACCAAGAGAUAAUCCAUACAAUAAUGACAAGCAAUUAGCGCCUGAAAUCUGGGCUUUGGGUCUUAGGAAUCCUUGGCGUUGUAGUUUUGAUUCAGAAAGGCCUUCCUACUUCCUAUGUGGAGAUGCUGGACAGGACCAGUAUGAAGAGAUUGAUAUGAUAACAAAGGGUGGAAACUAUGGGUGGUCCAUUUAUGAAGGCCCGUAUCCCUACAAACCAAGCAAUGCCACAAAAGGAAGCACUUUUUCUAACUCCAAGAGUCUCAUAUUCCCAGUCAUGGGAUACAAACACUCUGAAGCUGAUACGACAAUUGGUUCGGCGUCCAUAACUGGUGGCUACUUCUAUAGGUCUCACACUGAUCCCUGUCUGUAUGGAAGGUACUUGUACAUAGACUUGUAUCCAGAUGGAAUAUGGACAGGUACUGAAAAUCCUGAAAAUAGUAGAAAUUUCACAAGUUCAAAGAUCCAAUAUAGGUGUGCGCAAGAUUCUCCAAUUCAUUGUGAGUCAAUUGCAGAGGAUGUUAUACCUGCUAUCGGAUAUGUUGCAUCCUUAGGUGAAGACAAUAAAAAAGACAUUCAUAUACUGACAACCACCGGUGUCUACAGAGUUGCACGUCCAAGCAGAUGUAAUUACCAUUGUCCCAAAGAAAGAACUUUAGCUAAUAAACCACCACCUUUUCCUCCAGUUUCCUUAUCUGGAAAAUUAUGGGAUAGUGGAAAACUCGUUGCGCUUAUAAUUUCUUCCAUGAUGCUCCUUUUGUUGAAUCUUGUGUAAUGGGAUAUGCAAUUUGUUAUCAUUAAUAAUUUCCCAACAAAUGGCAAAUGCUGACUUUAUUUAAGAGGAACAAAAUUAGUUGUUUAUUUAUUUUUAUUUCCCUCUGUUUGCUAGAAAGAGCUCUUUUAUUUUCCUUUUCUUUCCAACACCCAAAACAGCAAAAUAAACAUGCUUCAACGAAGAUUUGUUCAUAGUUACAUUUUGAAUGCUAAAACCAACUUGCAGAAAUAUUUUUGGGAAAGAAAGAAAAAGA